AAUUAUGAGAAACCAAAUCGUAGGGGAGCUGAUUCUGAUAAUAUUGUCAAACCCGACCCGCCACAAGAAUUAUACCCUAAUUUUCGGUUUGAGCUCUCCCCAAAUCAUUAUUACAAAACAAAAAGUAGAAGAAAUUGGUAGUGAUUUAGAGCAGAAUUUCACUCUUACCUAGCUGUUUCCUUCGAUUCUAGUUUCCCUCGAAGCAGCAGAAAUCUUUGCCUUUUCAAUUUUGAGGUACUUCUCCGCCCAAUCUCAAUCACACCCUGAAUUUUUCUAUUCCACUGUAUAUUUACGUUUGUGAUUUUAGUAAUUCUUGAAAUAUUGGUCUUAUUCCCAUUGAAUUCGGUUUUGUUAUUACUGAUUGAGUUAGUGACUCGAUUCCAGUUGCUUUGCGCUUCUCAAAGAUCUGGGAUUUGAGUAAUUAGGCUGACUUUCUGGUUUUUUUGAGGUGUGAUUGAAUUGGGUUUGUGCAUAUGUUUUCUGGGUUUUACCCAAUCUUUUAUACUUGAUUGAAUUGUUCAUUUGGUGAACUGGGAUAUAAUUCAGUGAAUUUUUCUGUUAAGAGGUUGAUUACUGGAGUUUUCUGGGGUUUAAUUGAUAUACAAGUUUAGGAAAAACAUUUUAUGGCAUUUGAAUGCCAAAGGGAUACCAAAAUUGGAUUGAGAGACACUUCAGUAAAUUGCUUGGGUAGUAUUCAAAGGGAGAACGUUGAUGCAGAUCAACUUAUUUUGACAAGCAAGAAAAAGUUCGAACCAUUAGAGACUGAAAAUCCUGAUAGUGUUUGUGAAGCAAAUUUCAAACUUGGGAUCUGUUUCAGUGAACCUUUUCCAAAUUCUAGCCGCUCAUUGGCUGACCUUCCUCCUGCACUGAUAUCUGAAAUCCUUAAUUUCCUUGACCCGAGAGAACUUGGAAUUGUGUCUUGUGUCAAUACAUCUCUGUAUAGACUUGCCUCUGAGCACCAUGUGUGGAAGGAAUUCUACUAUGAGAGGUGGGGCCAUCCGAUAACUUCAGUCAGUUUAGGGCCAGGAUAUCCAAAUGAGAAGUCAUGGAAGGAACUCUUUGUGGAGAGAGAGUUUCGGAGCAAGACAUUUAUGGGACGUUAUAGCAUCGACACACUGUAUGGGCACACUGAAGCAGUUAGGACUGUUUUUGUGUUAGUCUCUAAGAAGCUAGUAUUCACCUCAGGGUAUGAUCAGGUAGUAAGAAUGUGGGACAUAGAGGAAGGACUGUCAAUCGCAUCGUCCCGUCCUCUGGGUUGCACUAUUCGUGCGGUUGCAGCCGAUUCGAGGCUUCUGGUUGCUGGGGGUACAGAUGGGUUCAUACAUGGUUGGAAGGUGGAGGACAGGAACCCUCACUUGUUUGGUCUUAGGGCAUCACAAAAUCAGAAUAUGGAAUUCCGAGUUUGGGGACACGAGGGGCCUAUAACAUGUCUUGCAUUGGAUUUUAGUAAGAUUUAUAGUGGUUCUUGGGACAUGACCAUACGUAUCUGGGAUCGUUCUUCUCUGAAAUGUUUGAAGGUCUUGGUGCACAAUGACUGGGUUUGGAGCCUUGUCCCUCAUGAUACUACAAUAGGGAGCACGGCAGGUUCAGGGGUCUACAUUUGGGAAACUGAUACUGGGAAUCAGCUGGCUUUCAAUAGUAGUGCUCAUGUUGGUAAUGCAUAUUCUUUGGCAAGAAGUCACACGGGAAAGUUUUUGUUUACUGGAGGAGAAGAUGGUUCUGUACACAUGUUUGAGAUCACCAGGAAUAUUAAGUGCAAUAUGAGAAAGAUUGCAACUUGGAUUCCUCACAAUGGGUCUGUUUAUUCUCUUGCAUUUGAGUUCCCCUGGCUGGUUUCAGCUUCCAGUGAUGGAAAGAUUUCACUCAUUGAUGUGAGAGAGUUAUUGAAGACGAAAAGACAUUCUUCUAAUGGAAAUACUUCUAAAAGUAACUACUUGGAUCAAAAGAAUGUAGAACCCCCACAGAGAAUGCUUCAUGGGUUUGGAUGUAACUUGUUCUCCAUUGGGAUUGGUUCUGAUCGAAUUGUUUGUGGAGGUGAAGAAGGAGUUGUCAGGAUCUGGAACUUUUCACAAGCGCUGGAGAUUGAGAGGAGGGUCAGGACCUUGAGGGGUAUAAGGCUUGAAAACAGGAUGAGACGUCGUAGGCUCCAACCACAGCCAGGUGCUAAGGGUAGCCAGGACGAGCAAUGUUCAGUUGUUGCAAAUAAGAAUCAGCUAAACAGCAAAAAGAGGGUGCAGCAUAGCAAGCGUAGAGUAAGUGCGAAACUAAAGGCAUAGCCGUAGAUUAUAGCUUCUGAUUUGUUUUUACACUGUUAUCUUACUGUUAAACGCUGAAUCAUGUAUGAAUCUGUAGUGUAAUCGGCCUUUGUAGGUUUCUACCUCUGUCGUUUGCUAGAAUGUCUAGAUUCAGACGAAUGUUUGAGUUGGCGAUCAGCGUUCUCUCGCCCUCUUUACCAUCAACAAUUGUUUUUCAUACAAAAGCAAUGAGGUUUUGAUUGUUUAUA